UAGUGCUAGAGAGAAUAUGGCUCCACAUGCUCCAACGCUGCCGCCAUAGUGUUCCUCAGGUCCUAUAACGUGACUCUUAUGAGCUCACAAACGUUAGUGAUGAUCAGGCCUCCUUUUCUUGCACUUAUAUUGCGCUUGUGGAGACGGAAUUGUGUGAAGUGUUGGUAAAGCGAUCUACAUCUUCUCAAGGGGGGACAAUAUGGCGACAAUCGGCAGUAAAAUUACGAUAUUACGAUGCUUUGAUCCAAUUUUUUUAUUCUAACGAAAACUUUUAUUUAAUCGAAGCUACUGUGUAUAGCAGUGAGUGGUGUAUAAUUUGGAAAUCCUCGAGAAAAAAUUAUGUGUGUCCAACUAAUCGAGGAAAUGUGCACAGCAAAGUGCUGCAACAGGUUCAGAAAGAUACAUUUUUUAUAUAAGCCAAUUUGAAAUUCAAAAUGAAACCGGUGGUACACUUCCUUCAGCCAUUCGGCAUCAUCUUUGUAGUAAGGAUAAGUAAUAAAUUAAAAAUAGCGAAAAAUCAUUUACGUCCAAAAAUUAUUUUUAAAAUCAAACUUUGAUAAGUUUGUAAUUGAAUAGUAAUUAUGGGCGACUCCACUUCCGGAAAUGACGGAAAAGGAGGAAAGAAAAAAGACGAGAGGGAGAGAAGAGAGAGCCGUGAGCUGAUACGAGGAACAACCAUUCAAAAAUCUACGGGCACAAAGUUGAAGGAACGAUGGCUCAUGACACGCAAGACUUGGAGGUACAUGACCGAUGCCGGCAAAAAGUUGUUUCCGGAAGGAACGAGUCCCAAUCGAGCCUCUGACAUCCCCAAAGUUCAAGAACACUUCCAAAAAACAUGCACAAAAGCUAAAGAAUUUAUUUUGUGGCCCCAUCACGGGUCACCGAGUGACGACGAAUCUCCGAGCAGCUUACAUUAUGCAACUGGAGAACAUGAAUAUUCUCGGUAUGUCGGUCCUUCUGGAUCACGACAGUCAGCCAACAUUCCUAUCCCUCUUAGCCAGCGGCGUCCGGGAAGCAUUCUCCCUCCAUUCAAUGAUCCUUACGAUGAGAACGAAGCACAGAGCUCGCUAAGUUUACCUAGUAGUCCUACCAGAACCACUUUUUCACAAAGUGGGUUUCUUUCGCCACCACCGCUUUCAUCGAGAGAAAGGGCUUUAGCAUCGGAAUUGGCCUGGGCACUUCCUCCAGAAAUUUAUGCUCAGCUCAUUCGUAGUUAUGGCAUCAGUACACUCCAACAUGUAGCAUCUAGACUUCUGGAAGAACAGCUUAUGGAAGAAGACGAGUAUGAAUAUGACGAAGAAGAAGGCGUUGAACUCCUAGAAAUAGAUGGAAAACGAAUGCGAAGCAUAGGGGCACAGACAGAUUCGUAUUUAGAUAUGUGUGUACAAACUGAUCAUGAUGACACAGCAGAAGACAUGGUUAAAGUUGGGGCUGAAACAAGAGCUGAGACGGAAGCUGCAUUUGCCUUAUCGCAAGCUCAGAAGCGCGAGGAGCUUGAGAAGGAACAAAAACAGGCAGAAAAGCCUAUCCCUGAAACUUUGCCACAGCAAGCAAAAAUGAAACAAAAAGCUGUGCCGCAGCUUCUUCAGCCAACUCAACCGCAGCCACCCUUCCAGAAGGAAACUCCAGUCAUCAAGAAAUUUUGGGGUAGGAGGGAAAGCAAAGGCACAGAUCUGCCAGUUCCGCAACCUCCAACGUCAGCCGAAAAGUCGAGUCGCGGAUUGGCGUCAGAAAAGGACAGAGAAGCCCCCCCUCCGAAAGGAGGUGUAGCUGCUAAGUUAGCUACAAUAGAAGCACACUCUUCGCCUGGUUCUCCUCCUCCCAAAGAGCAGCAGAAAGCAGCUGUUACACAACAGCCCGUUCCCAAAAAUUCAAAUCCCCCAACUGAAAAAAUCGCAAAGCCUCAGGAGAAAAAGUCAUUAAAAAAUGUUUUCAAACUAGGUCUAAAAUGUGACGUGGAAGCUGCAGAUUCCCCCAAGAAAAAUCUCGAGAAACAAAAUGCGGACCGAUUCAAAACUGUUAAUUACGAUAAGACUUUGAGAAACAUUAAAACUAAGUGGACUAAAGAAGACGAUGAAAAUCUCAUGAGAAUGUUGGCUCAACAACACGCUUGUGAACCCUUGAAAGAACUUCCCAAGAAAAAAAAGCGAUCUAAAGCCAUUCAGGUCGGAGAAGCUCUACCUCAAUUUAUCCUAACAGCGUUUAGGGUCAGUUCUCCUGUGGAAAUUUUUCAUGCAACACGACGUCGUAUAAAACGUCGGUCAUCGAAAGCUGAAUCAACCGACUUUUCGGGCAGUGAAGGCUCGGUAUCCAUAGCGUCUUCGCUUCCGACAUCUCCACGUUACUCAUUCACGGUUGCGGAUGAUUCUGGGACCAGAAAUCUUUUAUUAACUGAAGCAGAAGCAUUGAGAUUAGGUCAAAUGGGUGCAACCAUUUAUAACAAGCGAGCUAGUUUAGACGCAUCCUUAGAAUCCGGCGACAGCGACCGUGAUGGGCUGCAAGCUUUAGUAGGAAGCCUUCGAGAGCAUCCGUCUCAUGUCUACCAACGGUCCAUGUCGGCUCAUCAGGUGCCGAGCGUGCCAUGUUUGAGCGCCCUGCACGGUGGAAGCUGUCGACCAGGUGGAGGCCGGUAUUCAAGUCUUCAUGGCUUUCCUAGUUCGGCAGCUGCAGUUAGAGGACACAGGGCUAGUUUAUUGCAAUACCUUCUUCCUGCAGUGAUGCAGCGGACGCGGACCGGUGCAAGCGGUCACAGUUCGCGACUGGUGGCUAAGAGGAUUUGGCGGACACGGUCUAAAAGUCAAUCAAGAGCUUCUCCUGCCUCGACAUCCACGUGGACCCCCAUGGGCGGGAACUUGUGGCUGUCGGUGACUGGCGCGGUGGUGACGCUUGAGCCCAGCGACCUCCUUCAGCUUACGGAGCUCGAGCGUCUCACGCUGCAGAGACUCGCGCUCGCCAAGAUCGCCGCGCUCAACCUCGGCUGUCCCGUCACCUUGCCCAAGGAGAGCAGCAGUGUGAGCAGCAGUAAAAAGAGAAAGCCGUAUUUAUUGAAGCGCAAGGCCCUCACGACAGGUUUCUUCGAUUCCAAACGUGAAGAGCCAAAAGGCAGCGGCCUGGGCGGCCAGGUUUUCGGCCUGUCGCUGCCCAAAUGCCUCGAGAACGAACGCCUGAAGCAGCAGCAGGCGGCAGAGGCGCUGGCCGUAAGUUCGGCGGCCAUCGAAGCUGACGUCCUGCCAGCAGAUGAGCCGACGGGCUUCCUCAGCCGGAAGUCUUCCCAUACGGGCUCACACGGCUCGUUCUGCUCGAUCGCCGAUGGCGUGAAACAGUCCAGCACUGGGUCUCUGGAGAGCCUGAACCUGGACCGCAAGCGGCCCAGUCUGAUCAGCGGAGACGCCGGAAUCUCUGAGCUGCUGCAUGUGGAUGCACCGCUGUCGCAGGUACCAUCGCUAGUGACCGCUUGCUGCAACCAUCUCCUCAACCACGGCCUUCACACCGUCGGUAUCUUCAGGGUAUCUUCGUCGAAGAAGAGAGUGCGCCAGCUUCGAGAAGAGUUUGACCAAGGAGGCGAAGUUGUACUGACGGAGGAACAUUGUCCUCACGACGUGGCCACCCUCUUGAAGGAGUUCUUCAGAGAUCUGCCCGAGCCUCUGCUCACCAGAGACCUCUACGAGCCCUUCCUCUGCACUCAGAGAAUAAGGAACCGGAAGCUGAAGCUGGAGGCUACACAGUACCUGCUUCAGCUUCUGCCGCCCGCCAACAGAGAUACGCUCUACGCGCUGCUGUCUUUCCUCACGGUCGUCGCUGAGCAUGCCGUGGACACCGUCUCUGAGACUGGUGAAACCAUCCCUGGCAACAUGAUGGACAGCCGCAACCUGGCAACCAUGUUUGCCCCCAACAUUCUGCACAUGCACAGAGCUGGAGCUGACAACGCUUCUCCAGCCGCGCUCGCUGCUAUGGCGGAUGAGAGAUUGGACUGCACCAACGUCGUGCGCAGCAUGAUAGACCACAACAAAGAACUCUUUGAGGUAAGCGCAGAACUUCUGGACGAGACUUACCACCAUCUUAUGGACACACAUCCCGAGGCCCUUGACGUGAUGUUGCGACGUAGAUCCCCUCAACACGAUGAUAUCAGAGGCCAACAGCUGCUGCAGCAGCUGUUAAGUAGUCUCUUGCAGCCAGCAAGACGACUGUCAACUUCACCACCAUAUUCCCCAGGACACGUGGGGCUGGAGGGCGACGCCGAGAGCAGCAGCAGCGUCUUCGACGGAAGCGAGUGUUCCAUGUCUCUGCCACGCAGUCCCACAGAACACAAUGAGUUCGACAGGUUGAAGGGACCAGAGGACGCUGACGGGCGGUCAGCACGGAGCAGGAAUCCUGCCGGGGAUAACACGGAGGACAAGCGCGACAGGGGGAAAUGUGAAGAGAGAAAAUAUAGUGCCGGGGCAGAAAUUCACGUCGAAGAGCGUGGAUGGUUCAGACGUCGAGACAAAAGUUCUUCGAGGGAGUUAGACAAGCCGGCUGAAGAGAAGCUCCCAGAGAGAAGCAGAUGGUUCAGAAGAAGAGAUAAAACAUCACCCAGAAAUUCCAUUGACUACGGGAUAAGGAGAAAGGGUUCUGAUAAGAAAAAAUCUGAUAAACUUUCUAAAAGAGACGAAAGGCGAUUAUCAAUGCACCGUAGUAGCGUGGAUCAAGGCAAUGAUCCAACAGACUCGCGUGACCAUCGGCAACGAAGUUCAAGCGACCAAACCGCCGCCCAAGAAAGGCUUAGAGUUCCCGAGGAAAGCUUGAGGAGGUUAUCUUCUCCAGAAAUAGAUUCCUGUGGGGUCAUAACUGCUUCAUUGAAAAUUCCAGUGCCUCUUCAGCAACAACUUAUUCCGUCCACUUCCAUAAGGGAAUCUGACAUUCCCUUCAUUGAAGAUUCCAUCAUGGCGGAAGAAGCUCGAACUCGCCGUAGAGACUCGAGCGUCAACACAUCGCGUCCCAGAACCGGUAGUAGCGAUUCCUAUCUUGGACAGCCCAUCACAGGCACCAUGAGUUUCCAGCCUCUGUGUAAAAAAGACGUCGAAAAGCAAAGCCAUGAUUCUGUUUUAUCAUCCUCGUCCACCGAUAUGUUUACUUUGUCACCAUCUCCGAGAAAUACACCAGUUUCUGACUUUAUGCUCGCAUCUGAAACUUCGUCGCCGAUGAGCAGGGCCACGUCUCCUCCUGUUCUCCUAAGUCCAGAUUCAGGUACUCCCGGACUUUCGCCGCCUCCUUCACCUCCACCUCUUUUACCUCGUCGAAUACGCAGAACGGGCGAACUUAUUUCGCGAUCAGCACCUCUAGCACAUUCUGCCACGCACACUUUUGGUACAAGGGCUCAUGUUUAUUCCACGACGUCAGCCCAGGACGCAAGAGAAAGAAGCACAACGCAAACUCCUCAACAACCCAUCACGCGGUCCAGAACUGCCGAGGUAGCUUCGGUUUCUGCCACUACUUCCAAAGACCCUAAAGAUUUCCCUACGGCAGCUAAAAGCUCCUCGGGGAGCGUUCGAAGUUCAUCUAAAGCAUCGGGAGUUAAAGUCGACGUCUACAACCUCACAGGGAGCUUGUCUAAGGUUCCUGUAAUGACAGAAGUCCCUCCUGAAAGUGAUAUCAAUCAACAUUCUAGUCGAAAAAACACGAAGCCAGCUGUAGGCACUGCUAUAUCAAAUCCUCCAGCUAUGAAUCCACAUCAAACUUAUGUACAAUCACCACAGUUGUCAAAUCCAAGGCUACUUCCGUCUUCUGGUCAGCAGCAAGCACAGCCACGACGCCCCACAGGCGCGUCCGAAGCAGGACCAACCCCACAGCUGUGGAAGAGAUGUGAAAUCAUAGCGUCCAAUCCCACCGAUCCUAAACCUCGUCUCUGACGAAAAACUCAGGAAUGAAUGGUUGAAAACGUGGACAUUUUUUAAGCAGCUCUAUGAACUUUCUUAGAUGGGCCACGGCUGAAAGAGCCAUAAUCGAUUUAGGUCCGAAUAAGUUGAAAUUAUUGUGUCCAUGCCUAUCACGUAUACAGAGUGUAAUAAAACCUUAUCUUGUUUUUCUUGAUGAAUGACUUUUCUAUUCUAUAAUUUUCAAAUAAGAGAAAUAUAUUUGCCACCAAAUU